AUGAAGUUCCCGCUCCUCUCGGCCCUCCUCCUGUCGGGAGGCUUCGUCUACGCCCACAAUAACGACCACAACAGCCGGUGCGCUAACACCGUCACUCGCACGGUCUGGAACAUCCGCACCCGAAAAUUCACCGAGACCUUCACGAAAUCAGUCCCCUACACCACAACAUCGACUAAAUACGUCUCCGGCGACGUCCAGAAGAAAACCGUCACGCUCUUCACAAGCACAAAGACGCAUGUCGUCUCCACCAUCACCAAAGACGGCAUCGUCACCACCACGACGCUGACGAUGCCCGGCGGGUACUCGACCGUCACAGUGCCCGGUGCCGGCGAGGUUACCACCGUCACUAUCCCCGGUGCGGGAGAAAUGACCACUGUCACUGUUCCGACGACGGUUGUUGUGCCCGGUGCGGGGGAGGUUACGACUGUUACUGUUCCGACAACGGUGCAGGGCCCAACGUCGACGUCGAUAGUAACGGUGCCGGGGGCGGGUGAGGUGACGACGGUGACGGCGCCGACGACUGUCACGAUCCCGGGUGCGGGAGAGGUCACCACUGUUACUGUUCCGACGACGUUGACGAUUCCUGGGGCGGGUGAAGUUACGACUGUCACUGUUCCGACUACUAUGACGGUCCCUGGUGCUGGUGAGGUUACGACUGUCACGAUUCCGGGUGCGGGAGAGGUUACGACUGUCACUGUACCCACUACCCUUACUAUUCCUGGUGCUGGCGAGGUUACGACUGUCACUGUGCCUACCACCUUGACUAUUCCAGGAGCUGGAGAAGUUACGACGGUGACUGGAACUACUACAUUGACUAUCCCUGGAGCUGGCGAAGUUACUACUGUUACUGUCCCCGGUGCCGGGGAGGUUACGACGGUGACGGGGACUACUACGUUGACUGUUCCUGGUGCUGGUGAGGUUACUACAGUUACUGUGCCCACUACUUUGACUAUCCCUGGCGCGGGAGAGGUUACUACUGUUACCGUCCCUGGUGCGGGACAGGUUACAACAGUGACUGGAACUACUACCUUGACCAUUUCUGGAGCUGGCGAAGUUACUACUGUAACUGUUCCGACAACAGUUGAGCUGCCGGGUACUACCACCACUGUCCCAACUACUAUCACCGUUCCUGGUUCUGGAGAGCUUACCACUGUGACUGUUCCUACUACCCUAACUAUUCCGGGAGCUGGUGAGGUCACCACGGUGACUGGAACUACUACGUUGACUGUUCCCGGAGCUGGCGAGGUUAUAACUGUAACUGUGCCUACCACCUUGACUAUUCCAGGAGCUGGAGAAGUUACGACGGUGACUGGAACUACUACGUUGACUGUUCCUGGGGCCGGAGAGGUUACAACAGUUACUGUACCCACUACUUUAACCAUUCCGGGAGCUGGCGAGGUUACUACUGUGACGGUGCCCACUACCCUAACCGUUCCAGGCGCUGGGGAGGUUACUACUACCACCCUGACUAUUCAUGGAGCUGGGGAGGUUAUUACUGUAACUGUUCCUACGACUGUUGAGCUGCCAGGCACUACAACCACUGUCCCCACCACUAUUACUAUUCCUGGUGCUGGUGAGAUUACAACGGUGACUGGAACAACUACCUUAACUAUCCCUGGGGCCGGAGAAGUUACAGCCGUUACUGUACCCACCACCUUGACUAUCCCAGGUGCUGGUGAAGUUACCACUGUGACUGUUCCUACUACAGUGGAACUCCCGGGAACUACUCUUACUGUCCCGACCACUGUCACUCUUCCCCCUGCUGCUGGAGAGCUUACUACUGUGACCGUUCCCACAACCUUGACUAUUCCGGGAGCUGGUGAAGUUACUACGGUCACUGUUCCUACGACUGUGGAACUCCCGGGCACUACCACUACUGUCCCGACCACUAUCACUAUUCCGGGUGCUGGAGAGGUCACUACUGUGACGGUUCCUACGACUGUUGAGCUGCCGGGAACUACCGUGACUGUGCCUACUACCGUUGAGCUGCCAGGUACCACUGUGACGGUGCCUACCACAGUUGAGCUUCCAGGCACUACUGUGACUGUGCCCACGACCGUCACCGCUUCCACAACCGUCACUUCGUCCACGACCGUCACUGCUCCCACCACUGUGACUGUUCCCACCACUGUCACUUCGUCCACGACCGUGACUUCCACCACCACGCGGACCACCGGCACAACGGUGACCGUACCCACCACCGUGACAUCCACCACCACCCGGUCUGCCACGGUGACAGUCUCCACCACGUCGACUGUCACACAAACCAUAAGCUUCACCGCAACUCCAUCGCCCUCCUGUUCCGCACCACCAAGCCCCGUCCUCAACCCUAGCUUCGAAGAAUCCAACGCCGCCUGGACCUGGAGCGGCUUCUUGCUCAGCCAGGCCAACACCGGUCUCUUCUCCGGAAACGCGAGAACUGGCAUCCGCGCCUUCCAAGCACAAGGCAGCGGCCAAGGCUGGAGCUUCACCCUCUCGCAGACCGUGAGCGGCCUCUGCCCUGGCAGCCGCUACACCCUAAGCGCCUACGGGCGCUCUGGCACCACAUGCACGGCCUCCUGGACCAUCGGCGCGCAGACAGUCAUUCCCUCUGCUCCCCUUAGCAUAGGAAUCUAUACACGCGUGGCGGGUGAGUGGGUGGUGCCGGAGGGGGUCACGAGCGCGGCGUUGAAGGCCGUGGUGACGUGUAAUAAUUCGGGGGCGGCUGCGAGGGCGCAUUUUGAUGAUGUGACGAUGGCGCUGGUGCAGUAG